AUGGCGACACCGCACCGCGGCCGCCGCCGCGACUGGGCCACCUACGCCGCCGUCGCGUCCCUGGUCUGGACGUCCGGCGUUCGCGCCAAGAACGCCCUCGACGACGCCACCGCCGACGCCUACCUCAUGUUCGCCGCGGACUACCGCGCGCGCCUGCGCCCGCCGCUGUCGGCCGCGUUCUUCGGCAACUGUGCCAAGGCGUGCUACGCGAGGACGGCGGUAGGCGGGCUCCGCGACGCCCCAGUCGGCGAGGCCCUCGCGCGCGCCGCGGCGGCGGUGCGGGAGGCGGUCCGGGAGCAGCUCGCGGACCCGCUGGGCGACGCCGAGCGGUGGACGGAGCGCCGCCGGGCGCUGCCGCCGGGCAGGGUCCUGCAGGUCGGGGCGUCCAAAACGCCAUUGUCUGAAAUCAGGAUUUGGGGAAAUUCAGAGUUUUGUGUGCUCCUUAUUUAG